AUGGCAUCAACAAAGGCAAAGGUUGGGAUAAUAAAUGAGAGCAACUCUAUUUGCGAGAGUGCCAAGACCUGCGCAAACAGUCCCAUGUUAUUGGCCGGAGCAGCAUCGUUAACAUUGAACAACAGGACAUACUCACUCGAUGACCUGGACACCAUUGCCACAGUUGGUAAGUUUAGGCAGCAAGCCAGUAUGUUACAGUACACACACUGGUGAAACUGGUCUGUCUAUCGCAGGGCUUGUCACACUAUCCUGCCUAUCAACUAGGCUAUAUAGGGCAUAGGCUACUACUACUGGUACAUGUGUGGCUCGUGCACAACAGCACAAGCAAUGAAAGCCAAGGCGACUAUGUGAUCAGCCAUUCCAUGGACUAUGAGAUCAUGACAUGACCAUGAGACAUGGUGAUUUGCUGAACAUGAAACAUAAUUCAACUCUUGAGUCAGAAGAUAGCUGUCAUGACUCUGUUCGGUCUGCUACUUAAUCUGUCUGCUGGAAGUGGACAAGGACAUUCUCAGUUUGUCAAGCCCACCCAUAGGUUUAUGGCCCACUCUGUGCCCAAUCAUUGAGAAAUUCAUCAUCCCACACAGUUGCUGGGAUUGUCAAAAUGUUCUUGACAUGGCAUUAGGGGAAAUAUCUGUAUCCAUCUCAGGGAUCAGGCUGGAUAAAUGGUUGCAUUGCAUACAUGAAAUAACCAGCUUGAGAAGUGAAAGCUUAAUGGAGAAAAUCUUACUUUCCUCAUCAGGCUUUUGCUACAUUGAAUCCCUAGUUUAGAGAGGAUGAGUAUAUAUUAUUUGUGAGAAGGAAAUAGCUAUAUUAGUAAGAUGUUCCUAUUGCCCUGUGAAAUUCAAAGGAAUGUCAAAGUUCAUGUUUGGUUCUGCUCACUCUUGUAUGUGCAUGUAAGUCCUUUCACUGCAUUGUUAAUGUGUCAGCAGACUCAGCUGUUGAACAGUGUUUUUUUCACAUGGCAGGAUGGGUGGAGUCCACUCUGUGGUGAGUCUAAUGCCAGAAAGCAAGAAUGUUAAAACAACAUGCACUACUUCAACACUGAACACACGCUACUGAUAACGAAAACCACUUAAUCUUUUACAGCGCUCUCAUAUUUGAUUAAUGACAAGGAAGACACUUAGCUAAUAGAGAAUUCCCUUCUCAUUCUAAGCCCACGCGAUCGGGGAAAGCAUGAAGCUUAAGAUAAAAUCAUCCAAUUUGCAAAGCCUUUUGUUAGAUGAUGAGGGGGAUUUACUUAUUAUGACAAAUCAGUUAAAUGUCUUGAGGACUGCUUUUGUCUAAUGGUCAUUGAAAUAAUGAGGCACCUUGCUCUCACGUGACAUUUAAAGCUUAGUCAUUACAGACAUUUUGCCCAUCUUUCAUGCAUAGGAAAAGUGUUCUGGUGAUGAGGCAAAGAUGGUGGGGCAUAAGACUACAUCAAGGUACGUGGCCACUGGCCAAGUGCUUUGAGUAGCAUCAACAAGCUCUUAUCAUUCCACGUCUGGCAUUGUUCCAUCAAAUAUUUAGUGUUAGUUAAAUCAAACAAAAACACGGGCCUAUCUAAUUCAGCUCCCACAAAAUUAGAACAAGAAACAUUCUGUAUUCUAUCCAGCAAACCAAGAAUCGGACAAAAUUACACUCCUUAGCUGUGAAAAUAAGUGUAGCUGUGAAAAUAAGUGUCGCUGCUUCUCACUCUAAUUGAUUCAAUUCACGUGUGGAGAAUACAUUGUUCAGUUAUUUUCCCCUUCACUUUUCCAAGUUAGCUAGAUCUCUGGUUUGUUUCCAUGACAAUACCUCACGUUGGUGUUGAGAGAAAUGUCCAUUUUGUGCCAUUUAUUAUCAUAUAGCCUAACUGUUAGAAUUUCUUUUGGAAACACUAUUCAGUAUUCAGUAGGGCUGCACUGAGGCUAGGAAACACUAUCACCACCGAUAAAUCUACAAUAAUCGAGAAUUUCAACAAGCAUUUUGCUAUGGCUGGCCAUGCUUUCCACCUGGCUACCACUACCUCGGCCACCAACUCUGCACCCUCCGCUGCAACUUGCCCAUGCCCCCCCCGCUUCUCCUUCACACAAAUUCAGACUGCUGAUGUUCUGAAAGAGCUGCAAAAUCUGGACCCCUACAAAUCAGCUGGGCUAGACAAUCUGGACCCUUUCUUUCAAAAACUAGCCGCCGAAAUUGUCGCAACCCCUAUUACUAGCCUGUUCAACCUCUCUUUCGUAACGUCUGAGAUCCCCAGAGAUUGGAAAGCUGCCGCGGUCAUCCCCCUCUUCAAAGGGGGUGACACUCUAGAUCCAAACUGUUACAGACCUAUAUCCAUCCUGCCCUGCCUUUCGAAAGUAUUUGAAAGCCAAGUUAACAAACAGAUCACCGACCAUUUCGAAUCCCACCGUACCUUCUCCACUAUGCAAUCCAGUUUCCGAGCUGGUCAUGGGUGCACUUCAGCCACGCUCAAGGUCCUAAACGAUAUUAUAACCGCGAUCGAUAAUAGACAGUACUGUGCAGCCGUCUUCAUCGACCUGGCCAAGGCUUUCGACUCUGUCAACCACCGCAUUCUUAUUGGCAGACUAAUUAGCCUUGGUUUCUCAAAUGACUGCCUCGCCUGGUUCACCAACUACUUCUCAGAUAGAGUUCAAUGUGUCAAAUCGGAGGGCCUGUUGUCUGGACCUAUGGCAGUCUCUAUGGGGAUGCCACAGGGUUCAAUUCUUGGGCCGACUCUUUUCUCUGUGUAUAUCAAUGAUGUCGCUCUUGCUGCUGGUGACUCUCAGAUCCACCUCUACGCAGACGACACCAUUUUGUAUACAUCUGGCCCUUCAUUGGACACUGUGUUAACAAACCUCCAAACGAGCUUCAAUGCCAUACAACACUCCUUCAGUAGCCUCCAACUGCUCUUAAACACUAGUAAAACUAAAUACAUGCUCUUCAAUCGAACGCUGCUGGCACCCGCCCACCCGACUAGAAUCACCACUCUCGACGGGUCUGACCUAGAGUAUGUGGACAACUACAAAUACCUAGGUGUCUGGUUAGACUGUAAACUCUCCUUCCAGACUCACAUUAAGAAUCUCCAAUCCAAAGUUAAAUCUAGAAUCGGCUUCCUAUUUCGCAACAAAGCCUCCUUCACUCAUGCUGCCAAACAUGCCCUCGUAAAACUGACUAUCCUACCGAUCCUUGACUUCGGCGAUGUAAUUUACAAAAUAGCCUCCAACACUCUACUCAGCAAAUUGGAUGUAGUCUAUCACAGUGCCAUCCGUUUUGUCUCCAAAGCCCAAUACACUACCCACCACUGUGACCUGUACGCUCUUGUUGGCUGGUCCUCACUGCAUGUUCGUCGUCAAACCCACUGGCUCCAGGCCAUCUAUAAAUCACUGCUAGGCAAAUCCCCGCCUUAUCUUAGCUCAUUGGUCACCAUAGUAGCACCCACCCGUAGUCUGCGCUCCAGCAGGUAUAUCUCACUGGUCAUUCCCAAAGCCAACACCUCCUUUGGCCGCCAUUCCUUCCAGUUCUCUGCUGCCAAUGACUGGAACGAAUUGCAAAAAUCUCUGAAGCUGGAGACUCUUAUCUCCCUCAAUAACUUUAAGCAUCAGUUGUCAGAGCACCUUACCGAUCACUGCACCUGUACACAGCCCAUCUGAAAUUAGCCCACCCAACUACCUCAUCCCUAUAUUGUUAUUUAUUUUGCUCUUUUGCACCCCAGUAUCUCUAUUUGCACAUAAUCUCUUGCACAUCUAGCAUUCCAGUGUUAAUACUAAUUGUAAUUAUUUUGCACUAUAGCCUAUUUAUUGCCUUACCUCCAUAACUUGCUACAUUUACACACACUGUAUAUAUAUUUUCUGUUGUAUUUUUUGACUUUAUGUUUUUUUUACCCCAUAUGUAAGUCUGUGUUGUUGUUUUUAUUGCACUGCUUUGCUUUAUCUUGGCCAGGUCGCAGUUGUAAAUGAGAACUUGUUCUCAACUGGCUUACCUGGUUAAAUAAAGGUGAAUUUUUUUUUGCGAUGUAUGCAUCCACAAUAGUCACAUCGCAGAAUGUGCGAUUUAGUAAGGUAAACAUAUAUCAGUCUACAAUAUAUAUAUUUUUUAAAUGUUAAACUAGCAUUAUAUCUGUCUGAUAUAACAUAAUUUACUCAGAUUUAUGGGUUAUUGGAUACACAGUUUAUUAUUAUUAUAUUAUUAUUUUAAACACGGAGUUCGUUGCUGCACGUGGUUGACAUGCAGGCUCUGCUUGUGCGUGACGAAAUGAUGGGCGAGGAACAGGCAAAAAAGACCGAAAUUGAGAAUUUGGUUGCAAAAAGAAAUGCAUCGUCAAUUAUAUGGAAAUAUUUAGGCUACAGACAGGAUGAUGUUGACCAAAAACAGGUACUUUGUCGAGAGUGCCUUGCAAUUGUUGCCACAACACGAGGCAACACGACCAAUUUGUUAGAUCAUUUUAAGGCGGCACCACAAAUCUUUGUAUGAUGAGUGCAAAGCACUCUAUUUCGGAUGCCUUUGCCAGUAUUACACCAUACGAGAAAGGUUCCAAAUGGCAGAGAGAAAUCACAGAUUCAAUAACAUUUCACGUCGCCAAAGACAUGGUACCAAUUAACACGGUUACCAAAGAGGGUUUUAAAAACAUGAUCCGGUCGCUUGACAAGCGGUAUGUAAUGCCAUCACGCAACUAUUUUUCUCAAGUUGCCAUCCCAGAGUUGUACGAGAAAUGCAAGGCACAAGUUGAAACAGAACUGUCACAAGUGGAAUAUUAUACAGCAACAACGGACUUGUGGUCCAGCCGGACAACGGAGCCCUACAUAAGUCUGACCGUACACUUUAUUAAUGAGGACUUCCACCUGAAAAGUCGCUGUUUGCAAACUGCAUUUUCCCCAGAGGAUCAUACAUACAUCCUGUAUUUUUUCAUAUCGCAAUAUAUAUUGCAGAAAAACAAAAUAUCGCAAUGUCAGUUAUUUCCAAUAUUGUGCAACCCUAGUAUUCAGUACACCAUGCAAGUAUUCAGUGCAGUAUUUGGUGCAUAUCCCUUUGCCUCAGGCAUUGCUGUAUUGGAGAGAAAAGGACAUACCAGGCUUGACCCAUUUGCAGGGGAAAACCUAUGUCACAUGGCCAAAUGAAAUCCCUAGACAUUUCUGGUGGUAAUCACUCAAUAUGAUGAAAAGAGAGUAUUUACACGCACACAUCUAAAAAUGGCACAGGAGCUACAAAAUCAGCGGAAGAAAAAAUGUACGUUUGCUGCUUCCACAAGAAGAUUAGGCUACUUGAGGGAGCAACAAACAGUGAUCGGAAAAGGACAUUACCUUAUGUCUUUACUGUGCAGACUGGUACUUGGCCUAAUCUCUCUAUUCUGCUUGCUUCUGCAGCAAGGGUUCCUUCAGAAUACAAACAAAAUAUUGAUUGAGCUGUUGGCUAAAGACUACGCGCGUGUCAUUAUUAGUUCACUUAUAUUGACCAAGGUGCUCACUAUGUUUGCCAAAAGAUUUUAUCUUGCUGUUUUUAGUGCUUUAGUAGUGUAGGCCUAAAGCCUGCUUGUUGGGAAUCUCUAGGAAAGCAGUACUAGGCCCACAAGGAGAGGACAAACAUCCAUAGCAUAUCCAUCUGAUUGUGCUGAGUUUACAAGAACAUAUCUACUUUGAGGCGAAAUAUUACACCAGCAAUGUUUUCAGGUACAGUGAGGGAAAAAAGUAUUUGAUCCCCUGCUGAUUUUGUACGUUUGCCCACUGACAAAGAAAUGAUCAGUCUAUAAUUUUAAUGGUAGGUUUAUUUGAACAGUGAGAGACAGAAUAACAACAACAAAAAUCCAGAAAAACGCAUGUCAAAAAUGUUAUAAAUUUGAUUUGCAUUUUAAUGAGGGAAAUAAGUAUUUGACCCUCUCUCAAUCAGAAAGAUUUCUGGCUCCCAGGUGUCUUUUAUACAGGUAACGAGCUGAGAUUAGGAGCACACUCUUAAAGGGAGUGCUCCUAAUCUCAGCUUGUUACCUGUAUAAAAGACACCUGUCCACAGAAGCAAUCAAUCAAUCAGAUUCCAAACUCUCCACCAUGGCCAAGACCAAAGAGCUCUCCAAGGAUGUCAGGGACAAGAUUGUAGACCUACACAAGGCUGGAAUGGGCUACAAGACCAUCGCCAAGCAGUUUGGUGAGAAGGUGACAACAGUUGGUGCGAUUAUUCGCAAAUGGAAGAAACACAAAAUAACUGUCAAUCUCCCUCGGCCUGGGGCUCCAUGCAAGAUCUGACCUUGUGGAGUUGCAAUGAUCAUGAGAACGGUGAGGAAUCAGCCCAAAACUACACGGGAGGACCUUGUCAAUGAUCUCAAGGCAGCUGGGACCAUAGUCACCAAGAAAACAAUUGGUAACACACUACGCCGUGAAGGACUGAAAUCCUGCAGUGCCCGCAAGGUCCCCCUGCUCAAGAAAGCACAUAUACAGGCCCGUCUGAAGUUUGCCAAUUAACAUCUGAAUGAUUCAGAGGAGAACUGGGUGAAAGUGUUUUGGUCAGAUGAGACCAAAAUCGAGCUCUUUGGCAUCAACUCAACUCACCGUGUUUGGAGGAGGAGGAAUGCUGCCUAUGACCCCAAGAACACCAUCCCCACGUCAAACAUGGAGGUGGAAACAUUAUGCUUUGGGUGUGUUUUUCUGCUAAGGGGACAGGACAACUUCACUGCAUCAAAGGGACGAUGGACGGGGCCAUGUACCGUCAAAUCUUGGGUGAGAACAGCCAGGGCAUUGAAAAUGGGUCGUGGAUGGGUAUUCUAGCAUGACAAUGACCCAAAACACACGACCAAGGCAACAAAGGAGUGGCUCAAGAAGAAGCACAUUAAGGUCCUGGAGUGGCCUAGCCAGUCUCCAGACCUUAAUCCCAUAGAAAAUCUGUGGAGGGAGCUGAAGGUUCGAGUUGCCAAACAUCAGGCUCGAAACCUUAAUGACUUGGAGAAGAUCUGCAAAGAGGAGUGGGACAAAAUCCCUCCUGAGAUGUGUGCAAACCUGGUGGCCAACUACAAGAAAUGUCUGACCUCUGUGAUUGCCAACAAGGGUUUUGCCACCAAGUACUAAGUCAUGUUUUGCAGCGGGGUCAAAUACUUAUUUCCCUCAUUAAAAUGCAAAUCAAUUUAUAACAUUUUUGACAUGCGAUUUUCUGGAUUUUUUUGUUGUUAUUCUGCCUCUCACUGUUCAAAUAAACCUACCAUUAAAAUUAUAGACUGAUCAUGUCUUUGUCAGUGGGCAAACGUACAAAAUCAGCAGGGGAUCAAAUACUUUUUUCCCUCACUGUAUAGUAGUACAGUUGAGCUCAGAAUCAAACCUGACAGUUAUCUAACCUCUGUCUUAUCAUGUGAUGACAGUGAAUAAGAAGAAAAAGACAGGGUUUGGGCUUUGUUUGCUUGCCCCUAUUAGAUUACUAUGGAGACUGAGAACAGGGAAGGACAAAGAUCCCUUGUAUGAGGUAAGCCCAAACGUGCUAGAAGCCAACAUUCCAUGACUCUAUUGGGUGAUUGUGAGUCAGUCACUCAGUUCUGUUUGUCUACUCCCUCUCUCCUUACAGUGAAAUAUGACUAGAUGUAGGAUGUCAUUUUGUACUCCUCCUGACCUGGGGAUGGGAAUAGAGAAACAAUCUGAAUUGUUGGCCAAAAUAAUGAGCUCGGAUUUGUAAAAGAGUGAGAAGACGACUCAAUGAAUAUUGGACAGUUCUUCCAGGUUCAACCUCUUUAAUUGAUGGAAGGGUUGAAGACAUGUCAGGGAGAAUUGAAUGUCAAAAACGCAAAUAUGGCAUUCUGAUUUCAUGAUCUGACUUAACCACAGAUCUCUUCUUGAUUAUCAUGGUUGAUUUGCCUCAGAAAUAAACUGAAUGUUGCUCUACGACCUUUGGGCGUGUGAAUGGUGUGUGUGUGUGUGAGAGUGUGAGAGAGAGAGAGAGAGAGAAGAACGCCUUUUCUAAUGACAGUUAUUCUCUCUCUCUCCUUGCCUCAGGCACAGGGACUUUUGGCAGGGUGUUCCUGGUGAAAGACAAGAAGAGCAGGGCGUUCUACGCUCUGAAGGCUAUGAAGAUCCCUGACGUGAUCCGGCUGAAGCAGGAGCAGCACGUUCACAAUGAGAAGGAAGUCCUGACCGAAGUCAACCACCCCUUCCUCAUCAGACUGUGAGUGUCUGAUCACCUCAACACCACAUAACAUAACUUAACAAAACAUAGCAUAACAUGGCUAUCGUAAGAUAAAGAGAAGGAAGUCCUGACCGAAGUCAACCUCCCCAACAUCAUCAGACUGUGAGUGUCUGAUCACCUCAACACCACCGCCAUCGUCAGCCACAGAUCUGUUGGAGGUGGAUUUAAUAUAUAAAUAAUAUAUGCCAUUAAGCAGAAGUCUUUAUCCAAAGUGACAUCCCCUACAGUGAGUGUAUACGUUUCUAAUAUAUGUAUGUGAUUAGUGGUAUUGAAACCCACCACCUUGGUGUUGCUUGCACCACGCUCUUACCGACUAAGCCACACAGGACCACUUUCCACUUGUCCUCUACAACCGCUUUGACAAGGCCCAUGCCACAUACUGUAAGCUGAGCAAACAUUGCCCAGACUACCCUUUUUUUCCUAACUCUCUACAUCCAACCACUGUUCCCCGACAAAUAUUUGUGUUUGAAUAGAGUCACCUUGUUCAAAUGUACCGUUUUGUUUAUUUACUGUUUAUGCCUUCCAGGUUCUGGACCCACCAUGACGAUCGUUUACUCUACAUGCUGAUGGACUACGUUCCAGGCGGGGAGCUGUUCAGUUACCUCCGUAGCCGCGGGCGCUUCAGCAACACCACGGGCCUCUUCUACUCCACAGAGAUCGUGUGUGCCAUCGAGUACCUCCACUCCAAAGAGAUCGUCUACCGAGACCUGAAGCCGGAGAAUAUACUGCUGGACAGCGAGGGACACAUCCGCCUCACAGACUUCGGCUUCGCUAAGAAGCUCUCGGACAGGUAUGAUGUAAUGCCACAGAGUACGACUUCAUUGUCCAUCGAAACGGAAUUGUGUCUUUGGACUGUGUUAUUAUAUUUCCAACCUCCCUGAGACCACACACACCCUAGAGACUGGAAGUAGCACAGGGUCAGCCGCAGAGCAGCAUCCCAGUAUGAGCUGUUCGUCCCCACCGGGAUCAUCCCAUCUGGGAGCAGGUGUACUGCACAGCUAGGACAUCCUUAAUUGUUAGACAUUAUGCCCCCUAACAAGUCAUUACCAGGAUAUUAUUAGACUACCAUGUUAAUUGUGGGAGUGAAUGUUGUUUGUUUUUCUUUCUCAUUGUAAGACUAUAACACGUUUGGGAAUUGUAGCCAUACAGACACAUUUGCCUGAUUGGUACAGUAGGGUUAUAGAUGUCCUUCCGGAAGAUGUCAUAUUACAUUUCCAUAUAAUAUUCACAGAAUGUAUGGAGGGGAAUCCUCGCUCUAUCUAAAAUGGAAUCCCAAAACAUGAGAGAAAUGCAAAGAUGCGAUUAAAUUGCCGUUAUUUUGUUUUUAUAUUAGUGUUACAAGCAGCGAGACGUCUUCAGGGACCUCAGUAGAAUUGGAAAGCUGCAGCACUCAGGGUUAAAACAGUUUUGUAUCUGCAGUGCAGUAAUGUAGUGAUACUGCAGUAGCACUAGUGUUUUGCAGGGAGCCUCGCUGAACACAAACCUGACCCACUGACAUGUAAACAGAAUGGAGUAAGAUUCCAUUUUCUCUGGCCGGGAGAGUAAAACAGAUUUGUACUAGAUGUGGCUCUGAUGUGCAACUUGUGACCCACUUAAAGAAAUGGAAGGCAAAAGGAAUUGCCUUGAAUGCGUGGAGCAUGUGAAGAACAAACGAAUAGGAGAGUUGGCUGCCUUGCCACUGGUGGUGUUCCUCGUGUGUGUGUGUGUGUGUGUGUGUGUGUGUGAUCAGUUUACAAGAUGAAAUACCACACCACACUGUUGAUGCUUCCACAGUGCCACCUAGUGGCAGAAUAAUAUUGACCCGCUUGGUUCUAGGACGUGCUCAGAGUUUACUGUUUUAUUAGACCAGCUUUGCCAGGCGUAGAGCAGCACUCUGUCCAGAGAGACUACUCUGAGCCUGCGGUAGAUAUGCCUAUGUGAUAAAGAGCCAUGCGACAAAAAACAUGCAAUUACAGUGCAAGCUGCAUUUUCCUCAUUGCGUCCAAAUUGUCCCAUUCUUGUUCACCUCAAAAUAUAUAAUAAAGAUGGAAAUGUACAAAUGAAACCAAGGACCUUGAGCCUGCUCCUUAAACAGAGUAACCAUUUGCAUACAAAUUAACCAUCACCACGGCAACCGACCAAAAGGGUUAUUUUCCAGCGGGCCAGUGUUGUUUUUUCAUCAGAACAUUUUAAAAAUUUGAUAAAAAUGAUCAUUUUGUUGUGUCCUAUUCUGCUCCCCACUUCAGAUGCCCUCCCUGGCCUGAACAUAGUGAUCCAGGCUUCUAUAUAUCCUCCAGCCAGUGUUAAAUCAGCUGUACUAUUGAACCAAAGACAUUGAUCUACCAAUAACACAACCAGAACCAAUACUUCCAGCAAACUAAAGAUCCGUCGCUCUGUUGGAUCCAAAUACCACCCGAUAGUACUGUGAGAUCAGGCUACACACGCUGUAUUAGUUAUACCAUAUCAAUGUACAUGCUACUGUGAGAUCAGCCUGCAUAGACUACACUACUACUGACUGAAGGACCAGUCGACUGACAGCUGAUACUACUGUGAGAUCAGCCUGCAUACAGGAUACUACUAUAAACAGCAGCUUGAUUACUUUACAAGACUGGGGUUGUCUUUCCCUGUAUGUAACAGGAGUCUCCUCUCUCAAGGGUAAACUCAUUGGAAUGUGCAGUGUGCGCGGCAUUCAGGAUGACCCUUGGGGAAACCUAGGCUUGGAAUGAUCAUCAGUCAGACAUUAUUGGCCACACAGUCAAAAUAAAAGUUGUAUGUGUGUGCAUGUUCCUGUGUUCUGUUGUAGUAACGUAACAUCUAGAAUGUAAAUAGUUCAAACUAAUAUUGUUUCUCUUUUAUGUCUCUUUCUCUUUCGGUCUCUCUCCAUCGCUCCAUCCAGGACAUGGACUCUGUGUGGAACCCCAGAGUACCUGGCCCCAGAGGUCAUCCAGAGCAAAGGUCACGGCCGGGCGGUGGACUGGUGGGCCCUGGGGAUCCUCAUCUUUGAGAUGCUGGCUGGGUGAGUAGUAGUGUCCUGUCCUCUGACUGAAUGGGAAGGAUGGGUGUUGAGCUGAACACUAGUGUCAUGAGUCCUGACUGGCCAGGGGUUGAACUGAAUACUGUAAUGUCCCCUGACAGGGCAUGGCUUGAACACCAGGGGUCCCCAGUCCACCAGAGGACAGGAGGACUGUGUGUGGUAUUAGCAGGGGUUGGGGUCAAUUUCAUAUAUAUUCAAGAAGUAAACUAACAUUCCAAUUCUCCUCAUUGCUUUUUAAUGAAAGAUAUUGGAAUCGGAAUUCCAGUUUGCUUCCUGAAUUGAAAUAGAAUUGACCCCAUCCUUGUGUAGUAGUAUGUAUGGAGAGUGGCGGUCCUCUAUGGACAGUGGGCUCUGUCUAUGAACAAUGGGUAGUAUCCAGCAGAAUGUCUGUGGUGAGUCAAUGGAGAUACAAGUGUGCUGUUAUUCAGAGAGUUGAACUUAUGAGGUUACGUCACUCUGUAGUGGGCUUAAUUCCAAGACUAGUCUGCCUUGUGUUACUGUGAUGACGGAGGUGGACGGUCUUAAGGAUGAAAGACAGGUUGAAAAAAGGUCAAAGGUAACUUAUUCUGACGCAUUCCCACCUGUGUGUGAUCUGUGGAGGCCAAGGUUUCAUAUGAACAAACUGUGGUGGCUUUAAGCUAUGCUCUCUCGUCUCAGAAUCCCACUGUCACAGAAUGGGACCUGGGAAUAGGGUACCAUUUGGAACACAGAUAGUGACGCCGGGCCAUUUAGCUAUGGUACAACUGCAGCCUGAAGUCUAUAGAAAUCCUAUUUCAGCAGUGCUUCUGUAGAGUACACUAGUCUUGAAUGAAUGAAUGAAUGAAUGAAUGAAUGACUGACUGACUGAGUGGAUGUCUGCUAGCAACUCAUGGGCGGCGCACAAUUGGCCCAGCGUCGUCCAGUGUAGGGGAGGGAAUGGCCGGCAGGGAUGUAGCUCAGUUGAUAGAGCAUGGCGUUUGCAACGCCAGGGUUGUGGGUUCGAUUCCCACGGGGGGCCAGUAUAAAAAAAAAAUGUAUUCACUAACUGUAAGUCGCUCUGGAUAAGAGCGUCUGCUAAAUGACUAAAAUGUCAAAUGUAAAUGUAAACAUAUAGUCUCACCAUAUAGCCUCACUCAAGUGGCCGGAUGCUCUUCCGCUCCUCUUUUAGACGAGGGCACCAAGUUAAAUGAUUUGUUCUCUAUAGCCCAGCCUACACAUGACUACAGUGGGGGAAAAAAGUAUUUAGUCAGCCACCAAUUGUGCAAGUUCUCCCACUUAAAAAGAUGAGAGAGGCCUGUAAUUUUCAUCAUAGGUACACGUCAACUAUGACAGACAAAAAAAAUCACAUUGUAGGCUUUUUAAUGAAUUUAUUUGCAAAUUAUGGUGGAAAACAAGUAUUUGGUCAAUAACAAAAGUUUCUCAAUACUUUGUUAUGUACCCUUUGUUGGCAAUGACACAGGUCAAACGUUUUCUGUAAGUCUUCACAAGGUUUUCACACACUGUUGCUGGUAUUUUGGCCCAUUCCUCCAUGCAGAUCUCCUCUAGAGCAGUGAUGUUUUGGGGCUGUCGCUGGGCAACACAGACUUUCAACUCCCUCCAAAGAUUUUCUAUGGGGUUGAGAUCUGGAGACUGGCUAGGCCACUCCAGGACCUUGAAAUGCUUCUUACGAAGCCACUCCUUCGUUGUCCGGGCGGUGUGUUUGGGAUCAUUGUCAUGCUGAAAGACCCAGCCACGUUUCAUCUUCAAUGCCCUUGCUGAUGGAAGGAGGUUUUCACUCAAAAUCUCACGAUACAUGGCCCCAUUCAUUCUUUCCUUUACACAGAUCAGUCGUCCUGGUCCCUUUGCAGAAAAGCAGCCCCAAAGCAUGAUGUUUCCACCCCCAUGCUUCACAGUAGGUAUGGUGUUCUUUGGAUGCAACUCAGCAUUCUUUGUCCUCCAUACACGACGAGUUGAGUUUUUACCAAAAAGUUCUAUUUUGGUUUCAUCUGACCAUAUGACAUUCUCCCAAUCCUCUUCUGGAUCAUCCAAAUGCACUCUAGCAAACUUCAGAUGGGCCUGGACAUGUACUGGCUUAAGCAGGGGGACACGUCUGGCACUGCAGGAUUUGAGUCCCUGGCGGCGUAGUGUGUUACUGAUGGUAGGCUUUGUUACUUUGGUCCCAGCUCUCUGCAGGUCAUUCACUAGGUCCCCCCGUGUGGUUCUGGGAUUUUUGCUCACCGUUCUUGUGAUCAUUUUGACCCCACGGGGUGAGAUCUUGCGUGGAGCCCCAGAUCGAGGGAGAUUAUCAGUAGUCUUGUAUGUCUUCCAUUUCCUAAUAAUUGCUCCCACAGUUGAUUUCUUCAAACCAAGCUGCUUACCUAUUGCAGAUUCAGUCUUCCCAGCCUGGUGCAGGUCUAAAAUUUUGUUUCUGGUGUCCUUUGACAGCUCUUUGGUCUUGGCCAUAGUGGAGUUUGGAGUGUGACUGUUUGAGGUUGUGGACAGGUGUCUUUUAUACUGAUAACAAGUUCAAACAGGUGCCAUUAAUACAGGUAACGAGUGGAGGACAGAGGAGCCUCUUAAAGAAUAAGUUACAGGUCUGUGAGAGCCAGAAAUCUUACAUUUACAUUUACAUUUUAGUCAUUUAGCAGACGCUCUUAUCCAGAGCGACUUACAGGAGCAAUUAGGGUUAAGUGCCUUGCUCAAGGGCACAUUUACGUCAUUUAGCAGACGCUCUUAUCCAGAGCGACUCACAAAUUGGUGCAUUCACCCUAUAGCCAGUGGGAUAACCACUUUACAAAUUUUUUUUUUGGGGGGGGGGGGGGGGGGGUAGAAGGAUUACUUUAUCCUAUCCCAGGUAUUCCUUAAAGAGGUGGGGUUUCAAAUGUCUCCGGAAGGUGGUGAGUGACUCCGCUGUCCUGGCGUCGUGAGGGAGCUUGUUCCACCAUUGGGGUGCCAGAGCAGCGAACAGUUUUGACUGGGCUGAGCGGGAACUAUGCUUCCGCAGAGGAAGGGGAGCCAGCAGGCCAGAGGUGGAUGAACGCAAUGCCCUCGUUUGGGUGUAGGGACUGAUCAGAGCCCGAAGGUACAGAGGUGCCGUUCCCCUCACUGCUCCAUAGGCAAGCACCAUGGUCUUGUAACGGAUGCGAGCUUCAACUGGAAGCCAGUGGAGUGUACGGAGGAGGGGGGUGACGUGAGAACUUGGGAAGGUUGAACACCAGACGGGCUGCGGCGUUCUGGAUGAGUUGUAGGGGUUUAAUGGCACAGGCAGGGAGGCCAGCCAACAGCGAGUUGCAGUAAUCCAGACGGGAGAUGACAAGUGCCUGGAUUAGGACCUGUGCCGCUUCCUGUGUAAGGCAGGGUCGUACUCUCCGAAUGUUGUAGAGCAUGAACCUGCAGGAGCGGGUCACCGCCUUGAUGUUAGCGGAGAACGACAGGGUGUUGUCCAGGGUCACGCCAAGGCUCUUCGCACUCUGGGAGGAGGACACAACGGAGUUGUCAACCGUGAUGGCGAGAUCAUGGAACGGGCAGUCCUUCCCCGGGAGGAAGAGCAGCUCCGUCUUGCCAGGGUUCAGCUUGAGGUGGUGAUCCGUCAUCCAUACUGAUAUGUCUGCCAGACAUGCAGAGAUGCGAUUCGCCACCUGGUUAUCAGAAGGGGGAAAGGAGAAGAUUAGUUGUGUAUCGUCAGCGUAGCAAUGAUAGGAGAGGCCAUGUGAGGAUAUGACAGAGCCAAGUGACUUGGUGUAUAGGGAGAAAAGGAGAGGGCCUAGAACUGAGCCCUGGGGGACACCAGUGGUGAGAGCACGUGGUGCGGAGACAGCUUCUCGCCACGCCACUUGGUAGGAGCGACCGGUCAGGUAGGACGCAAUCCAGGAGUGAGCCGCGCCGGAGAUGCCCAGCUUGGAGAGGGUGGAGAGGAGGAUCUGAUGGUUCACAGUAUCAAAGGCAGCAGACAGGUCUAGAAGGACAAGAGCAGAGGAGAGAGAGUUAGCUUUAGCAGUGCGGAGAGCCUCCGUGACACAGAGAAGAGCAGUCUCAGUUGAAUGACCAGUCCUGAAACCUGACUGGUUUGGAUCAAGAAGGUCAUUCUGAGAGAGAUAGCAAGAGAGUUGGCUAAAGUUUUGGAAAGAAAAGAAAGAAGGGAUACUGGUCUGUAGUUGUUGACAUCAGUGGGAUCGAGUGUUGGUUUUUUGAGAAGGGGAGCAACUCUCGCUCUCUUGAAGACGGAAGGGACAUGGCCAGCGGUCAAGGAUGAGUUGAUCAGCGAGGUGAGGUAGGGGAGAAGGUCACCGGAGAUGGUCUGGAGAAGAGAGGAGGGGAUGGGGUCAAGCGGGCAGGUUGUUGGGCGGCCUGCAGUCACAAGUCGCAGGAUUUUAUCGGGAGAAAGAAGUCAAAGCAUAGGGUAGGGCAGUGUGAGUAGGACCAGCAGUGUCAUUAGACUUAACAAACGAGGAUCGGAUGUCGUCAACCUUCUUUUCAAAGUGGUUGACGAAGUCAUCCACAGAGAGAGGGGAGGGGGGGAGGAUUCAGGAGGGAGGAAAAUGUGGCAAAGAGCUUCCUAGGGUUAGAGGCAGAUGCUUGGAAUUUAGAGUGGUAGAAAGUGGCCUUAGCAGCAGAAACGGAUGAAGAAAAUGUAGAGAGGAGGGAGUGAAAAGAUGCCAGGUCGGCAGGGAGUUUAGUUUUCUUCCAUUUCCGCUCCGCUGCCCGGAGCUCUGUUCUGUGAGCUCGCAAUGAGUCAUCAAGCCACGGAGCUGGAGGGGAGGACCGAGCCGGCCGGGAGGAUAGGGGACACAGAGAGUCAAAGGAUGCAGAAAGGGAGGGUUGAGGAGGAAGAAUCAGGAGAUUGGAGGGAGAAGGAUUGAGCAGAGGGAAGAGAUGAUAGGAUGGAAGAGGAGAGAGUAGUGGGAGAGAGAGAGCGAAGGUUGCGGCGGCGCAUUACCAUCUGUGUAGGGGCAGAGUGAGUAGUGUUGGAGGAGAGCGAGAGAGAAAAGGAAACAAAGUAGUGGUCGGAGACAUGGAGGGGAGUUGCAGUGAGAUUAGUAGAAGAGCAGCAUCUAGUAAAGAUAAGGUCAAGUGUAUUGCCUGCCUUGUGAGUAGGGGGGGACGGUGAGAGGGUGAGGUCAAAAGAGGAGAGGAGUGGAAAGAAGGAGGCAGAGAGAAAUGAGUCAAAUGUGGACAUAGGGAGGUUGAAAUCCCCCAAAACUGUGAGGGGUGAGCCAUCCUCAGGAAAGGAACUUAUCAAGGCGUCAAGCUCAUUGAUGAACUCUCCAAGGGAACCUGGAGGGCGAUAGAUGACAAGGAUAUUAAGCUUAAAUGGGCUAGUGACUGUGACAGCAUGGAAUUCAAAUGAGGAGAUAGACAGGUGGGUUAGGGGAAAAAUUGAGAAUGUCCACUUGGGAGAGAUGAGGAUUCCUGUGCCACCACCCCUCUGACCAGAUGCUCUCGGGGUAUGCGAGAACACAUGGUCAGACGAGGAGAGAGCAGUAGGAGUAGCAGUGUUUUCAGUGGUAAUCCAUGUUUCCGUCAGCGCCAGGAAGUCGAGGGACUGGAGGUUAGCAUAGGCUGGGAUGAAGUCAGCUUUGUUGGCAGCAGAACGGCAGUUCCAGAGGCUGCCUGAGACCUGGAACUCCAGGUGUGGGGUGCGUGCAGGGACCACCAGGUUAGAGAGGCAGCAGCCACGCGGUGUGAGGCGUUUGUGUAGCCUGUGCAGAGAGGAGAGAACAGGGAUAGGCAGAGGCAUAGUUGACAGGCUGUAGCAAAUGGCUACAAUAAUGCAGAGGAGAUCGGAAUGAAAUGAACUAAACAUCUGGAAGAAGAGAGAGCAGGGCCUCCCUCACCAAAACUUCCACCUCAGAAACUAUAAUUGUUUCACUGAACCACCCGAACAAAAACUCUCCCAACUUCCACCUUUAGAAAUCAGAAUUGUUGUGAACCACAGCGGUUCAAUGUUUAAAGGAGUAGACCCAACCCACUUUAUUCAGCUAGCUAACUAUGACACCAUAGCUAACUAGCGUGCUAGCAUCCAAUAACACACAGUUUAGCACCAACACUUGGUCACAACAAACCACCAAUAGUGUGUUAACACACUAAGCAGAUAAUUCGUGUCCGUGUCUAGUUCCUUUCAUAACGCAGCAAUAAUUAAACGUUGGCUAGCUUAGCACAAAUAUAUUGUAUCUUGCUUGUUUGUAGGUGACCAAAUACUUAUUUUCCACCAUAAUUUGCAAAUAAAUUCAUAACAAAUCCUACAAUGUGAUUUUCUGGAUUUUUUUUCCUCAUUUUGUCUGUCAUAGUUGACGUGUACCUAUGAUGAACAUUACAGGCCUCUCAUCUUUUUAAGUGGGAGAACUUGCACAAUUGGUGGCUGACUAAAUACUUUUUUCCCCCACUGUAAGUGCUUGCUUUUUGCUUAUAGUCCACAUGCAUUCCUGCAGGUGUCACAUAGGCUACAUAUACUAGGCUAAUACAUAGGGCCUAGCCUAUGUAUUCUCACUGAACUGUGAGUCGAUAAAAGUGUCUGCUAAGCGCCAUAUUAUAUUACAUAGACAAUGCGUUGGAUCAUACAAUCCAUGGAAGCAAGAGAGAAGGACUGUGAUAGCGUGAUGUUCAGUACACUAUCCCAGAUGUUCCCUUCCAGGGGUACUAGAACCACAGGGGGUAGUUGGCCUAUCCACAGGGGGUAGUUGAGAAGACUCAUGAGACCAUAGGCCUACUGGUAACAUGAGGGGGUACUUCAGGGGUACUCCGGACAGAGCAAAAUUGAGUUGGUGGUACAGUAACCAAAAAAGGUUGGGAACCACUGCACUAUCAUGUGAAUUAGUCACCCCUAGAGGGCACUAGUUGUUAUAACCUCAGUACACAGGAUGUGUUUGGGUGUGUGUUUGUUUUGCUAUGAAAAUGUAGCAUAGCCCUUAUCUCCAGAGUGGGUUAAAAUGUUUUAAAAUCAGAGAUAUGACUUCAUAUGUAUGCCUUUGAACAAAAUCAACAUAGAUAGGCCUAGUAUUUGGCAGCUAGACUUAUAAUAAUAAUAAUAAUAAUAAUAAUAAUAAUAUGCCAUUUAGCAGACGCUUUUAUCCAAAGCGACUUACAGUCAUGUGUGCAUACAUUUUUACGUAUGGGUGGUCCCGGGGAUCGAACCCACUACCCUGGCGUUACAAGCGCCAUGCUCUAAUAAUCUACUUAUAAAACAUCACUCCGCUUUUCUUCACUACACGGCUGAACAGUUGGGAAAAUAUAAUCUAUAACAUGUAUUCGAACUUUGAGAUUUAUUUAAAUGUUUUAAUUGUAUUCAUAAUGUUUAUUAUUUACCAUAUUUAUAAAAUUAUAUGAGUAUAGAAACGUACUAGAGUGGUAGUGAAGUUGUCAGUGAAUCAGGGGUCUUUCUGUACGUAUCUCCUCACCCUAGUCUAUUCAUGUGCCAGUGGAGAAUUCAGUGGCCUUGGCUUCUGAAUGUGACCUUCUCCAUAGCAUUCAUCACACUGGCCUUUGAAGUGUGAACACACACUCAGCGCUCCAGGAGACAAAACUCCCUUCAGAACAACACGCCCUAAAAGGUUGACUGUCGCGUAACUGUUUUGUCAAAGGUCCUGUAGCUUCUGGACUGGAAGAAUGUAGAGGGGGCUUCUGAAAGUUACAUGGUGUGGUAUGUUUACAAAGUCAAACAUCCGCCCCGAUGGUCCUGACUUCUGGGAAUAAUCAUGACGGGGUCAUCUGUGCACUGAGCUUCACACACACUCAGUCCAGCCCGCCUGUAUCUUACACACAUCGACACACACACACACACACACCGACACACACACACACAGUCCAGUAGACUUGUAUCAUCCUGUAUCUAAUCCUGCCUGGAGGGGGAGCCUGCUCUCCUUAAUGAAAACCACCCUGUCUUUCUGUGUGUGUGGUCCUCCCUCCCACUCACAUCACAUUUUUUACAUUUACAUUUUAGUCAUUUAGCAGACGCUCUUAUCCAGAGCGACUUACAGUUAGUGAGUGCAUACAUUAUUUUUUUAUACCCCCGUGGGAAUCGAACCCACAACCCUGGCGUUUCAAACCCACAUGCUCUACCAACUGAGCUACAUCCCUGCCGGCCAUUCCCUCCCCUACCCUGGACGACGCUGGGCCAAUUGUGCGCCGCCCCACAACAUCUUCUCUGGUCAAUGUAGCCUAUCCAGUUCCAUGCGAACCAGAAACAGUUUUAUUUGCAGACUUAUAGGCCUAACUGUUUUUCUACAAGAUAUGGAAGUUAACUAUUCUUGGGAGUAUUCUUGUAGAUUCUUACUGUAGCUGUGCUAGGUUAAAUCUACUCCUAAACACCUAGGCCUACUCCUACAUGCAGACUAUCCUAACUCCUACUCCUAAACAUGUUAGUUGUUCCCUGUUUUCAUUUAUCCUGUUUUCACCAUUUCCUCCAUCCAUUCCUCCCCAUCCUCCUCUCCCUGUGGAAUCUUGGCGACACCUCAGGUGUUACAUAAAACCGUAGGUUACUGUUAAGUAAGAGGAGCCGAGUCUCUAGUCUCUCACUGUACAUCACUGGGGACCUAGACUCAUCUACCGGCAGGCUGGCGGGGGUACCUGGGGGAGCGGGGUUGUAGCCUGGGGGGGUAGUCUGCACUUGUCCUCCCACCCUCUCUCUCUCUCUCCCUCUACCAUCCAGUAAGAGGAGGGCCCAUCAGGACAGCAGCUCUCUGUUGAUUCAUCCUUUGGCUCCCCUCGUAUUCUACCAACGCCCAGACACUUUUUAUUCUCCCUUCUGCUCUGUCGUUCACCGUAGAGACCUGUCCCUGCUAAAGACAUUACAUUCCCCUUGGCAAGGAGCUUCUCUGAAGGACUUUAUUCUGAUCUCAGGCCAUGACCAAACAUUAUUACCGGGUAUUAUUUCUCCCUUCCUCCUCCUGUCCGUAUUAGUCAUUUCAGUUUAUUGACAGGUUUUGAUUGGUGCGUGCCAUCAUCCACUGAUGCAGUUUUCCUUUGGAUAGUUGGUAAUAUGUCUUAUCUGGCUUUCGUCUGACCAUCUGACUUGAAUGAAUCUACGACACAAUUCUCUCAGACCGCUACAUGAAAAAAAAAAAAGUUGGUCUGUGUUCUGACUCCAUUUUGACUGGCUCGGCUCGGCAGCCCCUGUGACAAACUGGUGUGAUUAUCCGGCUGUCUGCUGCAUGUGUAAUGCAUUUAGCUAGGCUGGCCUGGCCCAUUAUGUAAUGCAGCCUGCAUGGUUAAUGGCUUGUCCAGGCUGGAGCAGAGCAGUGCUGGGAAAGCAUUCAGCAUUAAACCAUCAGAGUCACCAGAAUGCAGCUGAUUGGUCUGUGGAGCUAUAGCACUAUACUACAUCAAAUCAAAUCCAAUUUUGUUUGUCACAAACAUGUGUUUAGCAGAUGUUAUAGCGGGUGUAGCGAAAUGCUUGUGAGAUAGAGACACGUAGGCGACUGUGUUCACAUACACACACACACAGGGUCAAACAGCACACACAGGUCACCAGAUGAGUUAAUUAAACAGUAGGGUCACGUGUUUCACUGCUUUGUGUUGUCGUGUAUUUUACUGCAGCCCUUUCAAUUUCCUGUGUAUAGCUAGAUUCCCAUCUAUUAUUCAAACAUCUGCAUAAAAACAAUAUGUACAUUUUCCCACCAGAGAUGUGUUUCCAUCACAUUGAUUUGUUGCGGAUAAAAAGCUGUGCGUGUUGACGUAGGGCAUAUCAAAAUUACUUUUGCGGUUAAAUUCCUAUGUUCCGAUACAAGUAAAUGGGUUUCCAUCGCAUUUUCAACUCUACUGAUGGUUUUGUCACAAAAAAAUGUUGCGGUUGUUAAGCAAAUGAGGUCUUUGCACGUGCCCUCUAGCCGACAGCUGUCAGAUACAGUGCAGGUAGGCUACCUACAUUAUGAGAUUAUUAUGGACAAAAAAGCGAGAUUAUUUGUCAAACAGCAGCCAAGCAUCGAUCAUCAUGUCACCAUCAAGCUCAUCACCGUGCACUUUUACCACCCUGGGAAGUUCAUCAUAACUUAUUUCACCUGUAGCCUAAUAAACGGCAUGCUUUCCCGAGUCGUAGUGGGACACAAAGUUUACUUCAAUAUAAUGGUUAUAUCAAUAUUUGCGCGUAAAGGCGUUUCCACCGCCAUUUCUCACGUAAUACAUUUUACAGAGACAAGAUCCCAAGCAUUUUGCUUGGCGGACAUUUGGAAAGUUUACCGUCAGGCCUGUCGUGACAUUUUAAUCCGAGGUACUUUACUCGCAUAAAUAGGUUGGAUGGAAACUUGGCUUUAUGAUGCUAUUUUUACACGGUGAUUUCAUUUUAUUCUAUUUCUUUAGUGUUUGCCAAAAGGAACAAACAUUUGGAGGAGUUUGCAAGUAAUCACCGGUUGAGGAGCGAUUACUGUUUUAUGACAUGUUCUUUUAUUUUUCUCUGAAGGUACCCACCGUUUUUUGAUGACAAUCCUUUUGGUAUUUAUCAGAAGAUCCUCGCCGGAAAGCUGGAAUUCCCGCGGCAUCUGGAUUUCUAUGUAAAGUAAGUCAGUACACACACACACACACCCAAGCACAGAGGAUUGUGGGUGAGAAAUGGAGGCAAAGUACCCAAGGUCUACCACUACCUCGACACAAAUGCAUUCCACUAUGAUACAUUAUCGACGAUAAGCCAUCUUAUAUAAUUUCAAGUUGUGAGGAGUCAUCUGAAUUUAUGGAAGUUGAUUUUCACAUCACAUUUCAAUCAGACUUUUAGAUUUAGGGUCUUGGUAUGCAGGAAACAAAAUGUUCCUUCUCCAGACGGUUAUUGGAAACACAACCGUAUCCACCACCACACUCUCUCUACCCAUAACAAACAUGGUGUGUUUUGGAAAUGCAUUACCAAUACUCAUGAUAAGGACCUGACAAUUGGAAUUUGGCAGGACUGCAUUAUGAAUACCUUUUUAGUUGUGUAUGUGCAUCUGGGAAUGUACCAAAUCCAAUAUUUAACUUAUCUCUUCAGUGCAUGCUUGCGUGGAUGUGUGUGUGACCGUAUGUGUGGAUGAACGUGUGUGCCUGCCUGCACACGCAGACAACGAUCUACGUGUGUGUGCUAACGGCUACGUCACACAGCGCAACCAUCCUCCCAAACGACAGGGUCAAUCAGCCUCCCAUGCAGAAGAUAAAGAGCUAGCUACACUGAAUGUGGGGUGUGGGGCCUCACUAAUGACACACCCUGCUGAGUUGCAACUCGUCCUUUAAACCCAUCACAACCAUCACGCUGCUCCUCAGAACAGCUGGGGGCUGGAGUAAUGUUAGGAGAUUACCGGCUUUAGAAGGAGAGGAGGGCCUGGGACGUACUCAAUCAGCCCUGACACACUGGCCCAGCCGGAGACCUGGGAGAGGCCACAAACACACACGGUGUUACCAAACACACACACACACACACACACAGUGUUGCCUAACGCACACACGCACACAGUCCCGCUGCUACAUAACACACUGACAAUAGAGCCCCAAACACUUAAACAAUCUAUCUUUUGGCCACCAGACAGACAGUAGGGUUUUAUUUUUUUAAUAUUCCCUCCAGCUAUAUCACUGUCACUUUGACCCUCUCCCAUCCAUCAGGGCUGAUGGGUAGAACCUGAGGCAGAGGUGUCUGUCUGUCCAUUGCACUAACUAUUUUCUAUCGCAUAGAAGAUAAGAUGUGUUACAGUAUUACUAAACAGGUAUUAGACCUACUUAUUGUAAGGUGUUAUAUGCCAUUCAAAAUAUACUGUAUUUAGUAUCCAGAGUAUAGCCUAAUUCCACUGUGCCAGGUUUUCUGCAUAGAAAAUUAUUUUUUCAGGCCGCCUUAGUCCAAACCGAUAGAUAGAUAUAAAAUAAUUUUCAGGAUGGUAAAAAUGUUUUCAGUGCUCUAUUGAUUUUGUUAUAAUGUUUGAGUCACUCAGAUAGCAUAAGAACACACAUAAGCCAUGGCAAAAUGUGUAGAUUUGCAGGAAAUUUGCUUUAAAACUGAAACAAUAUUCUCUCCGCCCAUGGUAUAAAGUGUAGAAUUCCUCAAAAAUGUUGGUCGGUGACCGCAUCAUUUGCCACGCCCACUGCCACGCCCCUGCCAUUCCCACCACCAAAGCUCCAUUUUGAUCCAGACAAAGCCCUGCUGUGUGGUAUGUUUCCAUAGAAAUGUACAGUGACAUUGUUUAUUGCUUACAUAUUCCGUAAGAUAUAAUUCUCUCAGAUUGGGCAAUCAGUUGGGGUUAAGGAAAGUCAGGCUUUAUGACCAUAUUUGUAUUUAACCAGGAAAUGACUGUUGAUGUUAGAAAUGUAUUUUGUGAGGGAGACCUAGCAAGAGGUCAGCAGGAAGUAGUCAGUGUGUACACACACAAUACAAUACAUUGGAACAAUUCAGUCACAUUUUCUUUGAUCAGAGCUUUAAACUCAGACACUCUCCUCUAGUUUUAAAGUAUUUUGUAGUCGUUUCAGGACCAAGGAGUAUUAUAGGAGAAGGAUUGUUUCCCCAUUUCAGUCCUUGCCCUAGCAACUGUAAAAGAGAGCACUGAAUGAGAGCGGAGGCUGUUGGAUUGUGAAGUUGUUAGUUGGGAGGGUUUAAAAAGAUAAAAUGCACACUGUCAAUAUUCUGCUAGGAUAUUUACGUCUGUGCUGGCAGCUCGUUGGUUGUGAGAUACGGCAGCUUUAUUGAAAGCUCGCUCUGUCAGCGCCGGUCGCAUAUCAUCGGAAAACGUACACUGUCAUUUUAAAGGCAUUGUGAAUCAUCCCAAAUUCAUCCCUAAAGUAUACCUACGCCAACAUCUUUAUAGUUGUGAAAAGUUGAACUUUAAAAUCUGUCACUUUCCCUCAAUUAAAAGACGGAGAGAGAGAGCAAUAGAGAGAGAUGUUUCUGUCAGGAUGCACCUCACACACACACACACACACACACACACACACACACACACACAGGAUGUAUGUCUCUGUUACCCCAUGGCACCUUUAUGAGUCCGUCGGGUUAUCUGUUGUUCCAAUGGCCAAGCUCAUCCAUCUUGUUGUCAGCUUUUGGACGGAGACGGACCUCUUGGCUUCUGACUGAAGCUGCAGAGUCUGGAGAUAGAUUGUUAGUGUGAACUCAUUGUGUAUGACUCUCCCUGACUGUCUUUCUAUUGUUUUCCAGAGAUCUCAUCAAGAAAUUCCUCGUCAUUGACCGAGCCAGGAGGUUAGGCAAUAUGAAGGUGAGUUUCAAGAUCAAAGCAUUAUUGAGAUUCAGAUUCAGAAAGCUUUAUUGUCCCAAGCUGUACAAAAACAUUACACAAGAACAGAUACACAGUACAAAUUAAACUGAUUUAAAGUGUUUUGUUGACUCGGCAGGAUGUGGAGGGAGUCUUUUGCAGUUUGAAGUCACAGUCUGAACACAGACAGGAGAGGAAAGGGAGUGACUGAAUGUCUGCAUUUGGUUCCAAUUAGCUGGAUACAUAGAGGAAGUUGUUGUAGAGGUAGUUUGCACCCUUAAAGGGGUGGGAGAGGGCGGCAGGGGUUUAGGGUGGAUCACAGGAAAACAGAUUUCCCCUUCCUCUGCACUGUCAGUUGAGUAGUUAAUCACAUGGAAGAUCCAGGGUACCGGGUUAAUUACUUAGUCCUGCCAUUUCAACAAAUAUAUAUAUAGUAUCUUGCUGAAAAGAUGUCCCAUUUGGUAGCCAGGAUGUCCACUGUAGUAGUAGGAGUGAAGCCAGUAUGCACAAGCCAUCUGCACAGGAAAUGUAUAGAAUGCGACAGAGAAGCUGUGUUUGCACAGUGAGCACUGGAGCCUCCCUCCACAAUGAACAUGGUCUCUUGGUAACACCAUAUUCCCUUUAUAGUGCACUACGUUUGAACAGGGCCCAUAGGACUCUGGUCAAAAGUAGUGCACUAUGUAGGGAAUAGGGUGCCAUUUGGGACGCGGUGUCACUCAGUAGAGAGAUCUGUAAUUCCUCUUGAGUAAAUUAAUGCAUUUUUACACCCCUGUGAUGAAUUUGCUCUCAGUUAUAACAGGAGGGAUUUUCUUUUUAAACUGCACAAUUCUUCACAUUCGACUAGACUCUUGUAUUAAAUGGGUAAAACAUGUGAGAGAUCCAAAGUAGGUGCUAUGCACAUCUUAAGUCUCAUGGCGCACUGAUUAUUCCUACUUUGCUUUCCACCGUUGUGUGCUUUAUGUAUGUAUGCCUCAGGAACACAGCAGGCCUGGUUUUUACUCAUCUACCAAAUAUGGAAAGACCGAGUGAAAGAAAAAAAACAAGUGUUUAUCAGUUUUAGACUUCUAGUCCCUAUAGUCUACCGCCAUGUAAUGAUUCAUUAAUUGGAAUCAUAUAUGUAUCUGGCACUGAUGUUCAAUCAAAGGAUGAUAUCUGAGUGUUUUGAAUUACGCUAUUCAAAGGCAUAAGAGUCAAUGUGGGAUUAUAUGAAGGCUCUUUUCAAUAUAACAACUGUUGGUAAGCACAAUGAUUAAAUCAACAAUUCACCACACAGUCUGUUAUUGACUUGUGCCUCAAAGGGUUUUCUGAAGAAAAUGUGCUAGUUAGCUGACUAGCUAGCUGACUCAUGGAGUGGUCUAGCUACACACUCGCAGUAUACAGUGUGAAUCACCACAGACACCACAAAGUGUUUAGAAAGAAUGAAGUGUUUUGCUCUAAUGAUUAUUAUUUCAAACCAUUUAUUCCAGACGAGAAGAACGUUAUUCAUCUUGAUUCCAGAUUGUAUUGAAUAGACCGUCCACAGACAGCUCUGAUGCACAAUGUCUUCUCUUGCAGAACGGGGCUGACGAUGUGAAAAAGCACAGAUGGUUCAAGUCUAUAGACUGGGAUGGUGUUCCUCUGAGAAAACUGAAGGUCUGUCACGUUGUCUUUAUUACACACACAAACAUCUAGACACAUCAAUAGGAACACACGUAAACGUACACUUUAUUUUCAGUACAAAAUGUUUUCAUUAAGCUCACCAUUUUAGAGUUGAUAUACUUUUAGCUCUUUGAUGUAUUCAGCGUCACAUUAUUUUGUUCCCUCAGCCACCCAUAGUUCCCAAGGUGUCCCACGAAGGUGACACGUCUAACUUUGAUGCCUACCCCGAGGACGAGUGGAAGAAAGACGCACCUGUGCCUGCAAAGGAUUUAGAAAUCUUCAAGAACUUCUAG